AACACGGAAGCGUGAUGAAGACACGAGAAAAGGAGACAGAAACAGUGUGAUAUUCCACUUCCCAUUCCUUCCCUCCGUUUCCUUCUCAAAAUGCGUAUCCAACUACCGCCUUAUAAAACACUCUCUCUGUGGCUUCCAACGUGUUCUUUGCUUUGUUUUCGAAAGGCGCCAUGGCUCACUGGCAAGGUGAAUUGGAAGAGGGAAUCGAUUACAUGUUCAAGAUUGUGAUGAUUGGCGACUCUGGUGUUGGCAAGUCUCAGCUCUUGAAUCGCUUUGUUAAGAACGAAUUCAACUUGAAAUCCAAGGCCACGAUCGGGGUUGAGUUUCUCACCAAGACGGUUCUCAUGGAUCACAAAGUUGUCAAGGCACAGAUUUGGGACACUGCUGGUCAAGAAAGAUACCAAGCAAUUACAACUGCAUACUAUAGAGGUGCAACUGGCGCCUUACUAGCAUAUGACAUAACCAACCACCAAAGCUUUGACCAUAUUGAAAAGUGGUUGGAGGAGCUGAGGAUGCAUACAGAUAAGAAUAUAAUUGUCAUGCUUGUCGGCAACAAGUCUGACCUUAGUUCUGCUCGAGCAGUGCCGGUUGAGGCAGCCAAAGACCUUGCUGAGAAGGAGAAUCUCUUCUUCAUUGAAGCAUCGGCACUUGAAUCCAAAAAUGUGGAGUCAGCAUUCCUCGGUCUCCUCUCCCAAGUAUAUAGAACUGUGAGUAAGAAGCACAUCAUUUUGGAUGGAACUGAAUUGAAUUGGGAUAAAGUAAACCUUGAACUUGGAGGAACAAAGAUUAAGAUCCCAUUACAAGAGCCUGAAUGCCAAAAGGCUAAAAGGAUAUUCAAUUGUUGCAGCAUAUUUUGAAUUCUUUUUUUCACCCGGUGCCGCCAUAAUCUUCUGGCAAAUCAUCUUUCCUCCAACUAACAAGAAUUCGGGAGAGACGGUUGCAAAGAUGAAGCAGCUAACGAGUUUGUGGGGAUUUGGACAAGGUGACCUCAUUAAUAUUAAAUUUGAAAAAGGUUUAUGUUCUUCUGUAAGGAUUAAUGGGGUUUGCAUAUUGAUGGAACUAUUGUUCAUACAUUGGUUUUGAUUUGAUGGAUCUCCUAGGUUUCUUUUUUC